AUGGAAGUAAAUGCAGGAUUGUUUGCUCUGGUCAAUUACUCUAUGGCUGAUGCUGGUAUCACGACAUGGGAUAGUAAACAUUUCUACAACUUAUGGCGUCCUAUCGUUGGCAUUCGACAAAGAGCAUCCGGUAAUUCGGCCGAUCUUAAUUGGCUACCAUUGGAAGCACCAGAAAACGGUGCCAGUGAUAGCUCCACUUCAGAAUUUUCUUUCUAUGUUUCUGGUCAUGCAACCUUCGGUUUGGCUAUUUUUGAAGUUCUUCGUCGCUUCUAUGAAACAGAUGAUAUUCCAUUCGAAUUUCAAUCGGAUGAAUACAAUGGCAAAACUAUGGACUCAAUUACACGACGGGCACGACCGGCUAGAACACGAAGAUAUAGAUCGUUUACACAAGCAGAAACCGAAAACUUCUUGAGUCGAAUCUAUUUAGGUGUUCAUUGGCGAAUUGAUUAA